AUGCGUUUAACGUUAUUCGUUUUAUUUUGUGUAGUGAGUAAAAAUGCAUUUGCAAAACAGCCUAAUAUUUUAUUUAUUAUAAUAGACGAUUUAAAACCAGCUAUACGUAGUUUUGGAUAUAAAAAUGCGUAUACUCCAAAUAUUGACGCUCUUGCAGAAAAAAGUUUUUUAUUCACUAAAGCUUUCGCUCAACAAGCAUUAUGUGCACCAAGUCGUAAUUCCCUUUUAACCAGUCGAAGGCCUGAUACGCUACAUUUAUACGACUUUUAUAAUUAUUGGAGGGCAACCGUUGGCAACUUUACUACACUUCCUCAAUAUUUCAAAGAAAGUGGUUACUAUACAUACUCAGUAGGGAAAGUCUUUCAUCCAGGAAUAUCGUCUAAUUUUACAGAUGAUUGUCCAUACAGCUGGAGUGCAAAACCUUUCCAUCCAAAAACAGAAGUAUAUGAAAAUUCUAAAGUUUGUAUUGAUAAAGAUGGUUCUUUAGCUCAAAAUUUAUUGUGUCCUGUAAUUGUUGAUCUACAGCCUAAAGAAACGUUACCAGAUUUGGAAACAUUGAAUGAAUCCUUAUAUUUUUUAAGGAAUAAAAAUAAAAUAACUACUAAGCCAUUCUUUCUGGCUGUUGGUUUCCAUAAACCUCAUAUACCUUUCAGAUUUCCUCUUCAGUAUCUAGACUACCACCCAUUAAAAAACAUUACUUUACCAUCAAACAGAUGGAGGCCUUCUUUAUUACCAGACGUGGCAUGGAAUCCUUGGACCGAUAUAAGAGAAAGGGAAGAUAUAAAAAAAAUAAAUGUUCCAUUUCCGUAUGGUCCUCUACCAGAUGAAACUAUAAGGGAAAUUAUUCAGGCCUAUAAUGCCGCUACAUCGUAUAUCGAUGAUCUAGUUGGAAAAUUACUAAAUGAAGUGGAUAAGAAUACUAUUAUUGUCCUUACUUCUGACCACGGUUGGUCUUUAGGACAACAUGGAGAAUUUGCAAAAUAUAGCAAUUUUGAAGAAGCAACAAGAGUUCCACUAUUAAUUCGCGUACCUCACUUGACUGAGAAAAAAAUUGUUUGUGAUAAUUUGGUAGAGCUGGUAGAUAUUUUUCCAACACUAGUUGAUUUAACUCAGGUGGCUCAACCAUUAAAAGUUUGUUCAAACGAUACAUCAAUUGUUUGUACCGAAGGACUCAGUUUGGUACCAAUAAUGAUAAAAAAUAUUCAAAAUAAGAUUUCUACGAAAAAAUCGGCGGUUUUUACACAGUAUCCACGCCCAGGAAUACACCCGUCUGUUGAACCUAACAGCGAUAAACCCCAUUUGAAGGAUAUAAAAAUUAUGGGCUAUUCUAUUAAAACUCAGAGAUAUAGAUAUACAGAGUGGAUUAGGUUUUUUCCUAAUAAUUUUACUGUUGAUUGGAGUAACACCUACGGAAAAGAAUUGUAUGACCAUUUUAUUGAUCCUGAAGAAAAUAUGAACCUUGUCAACAGAAAUGAGCUAAGCACGACUGUGAAACGAUUAAGAAUCAAAUUAAUUCUAGGAUGGCGCCAUGCAUAUGAUUAAUAAAAUGUUGUAGGUAUAUUGUUUAUGUCUCAUAUAUAUUUGAGGUAAAUAUACCGUCAUUUUUAGUAAAUAUAUAAUUAAAUCGAAGCGAUUUUGUUUUCUUAUAAUUCCGAUG